AUGACAAGAUGUGAUUGCAAGGCAAAGAUUGUAGUUCACAAGAAUGGAUCAGAUAAAUGGAAAGUUAAGACAUUUGUGGAAGCACAUAGUCACAAUUUAAUGAGUCCAAGAAAGGUUCAUUGUUUACGAUCACAUCGACAUUUUACAGAUUCCCAUAAGGUUGUUAUGGAUAACAUGAGAAAAGCAGGUAUUGGCACAGCUAAAGUGUUAAAUUUUUUUACAAAUGAAGCUGGAGGACCUGAGAAAAUGGGUUUUAUUGAUGAAGAUGCAAGAAAUGCUCUAAAAAUUCAAAGGCGUAACAAACAUGGCAAAAGUGCUCAAGAGUUGCUUCUUUACUUUCAAAAUAAACACAGGAAUGAUGAUAAUUUUACUUAUGCAAUUUUGAUUGACAAUGAAUGUAGAUUGUCAUCUUGUUUUUGGACAGAUAAUAUUUCAAAAAUAGACUAUGAAGCUUUUGAUGACGUUGUAUGUUUUGACACAACAUACAAGACAAAUGAAUUUAAUAUGCCUUUUGGUCCAUUUGUCGAAGUCAACCACCAUAAGCAAUCUACUUUAUUUGGUGCCGGGCUUCUGUUUGGUGAAACCAUUGAAGAUUUCAAAUGGUUAUUUCAAUCAUGGUUACAAGCUAUGGGUGGGAAGCUUCCAAAGGCCAUAAUCACAGAUCAGGAUCCAGCAAUUGCUGCUGCAAUUGCAAGUGUAUUUCCGAAUACCGAGCACAGGUUGUGCAUGUGGCACAUUAUUCAAAAGCUUUCAAAGAAGUUAAGGUAA